AUGUCGCGCGUCUUCAAUAUUCAAUGGCCAUCUAGCGCUGCCGUCUCCCUUCCUUGGGGCGGGCAGCUCCAACAAAAGCUCGACUUACCCUUCAUUUCCACAACGCUAGCGGAACCCGAGCACGACUAUGAAAAUGGAGUCAGCAGAGCCGAGAUCCUCAUCUUCAUCGACGCCGCUGGCAGCCUCCACAUUUCGAAGGCCACGAUCUACAUCUACAAGGGCGGUUGUUCGUCAUCAACCCCAAGCCCUAGUUCCUGGAGUCUCUUCCUCGGCAGGCUCAACGGUGUCUGUGCAAAGUUGGCGGCAGAGGAAGUCGGUAUCUGGGGGUACAUUCGGCGACCGGGAAAGCUAGAAAGGAUACCCUCCUGGAGGGCAGAGACAUCAUUCGCGUCGAGCACGCCCAAGAUUCUCAAUGAGAAAGGCAAAAUACACAGCACUCAACACUCACCGACUCGAGGCGAAGGUUCGCAAUUCAAGGCUCAAGCUUGA